AUGUGGCUUGACCGGCUCGCUGGCCAGGCCAGCGGCUCCGGCUCAUCCACGCCCCAAUCCGUCUCUCGAUCCUACUCGCCGCUGCCACGACGAACUUCAAGCAAUCUCAGUCCAUAUGUUACGUCACAGCGCCAGGGCCAAUCGCCUAGGGGCUCCUCACUGUCGCUCAUCUCUUCCGAGUCCUCCGCCUCAUUACUGACAUCCUCGCGUCGACCGAAUGGAUCAAGCUUGAAGCAAUCCUCAGCGCCCGUUGCGCAUCCCACAAAUUCGAUUGAAACAUUGGAGAAGCUCCUUGGAAAAGCACCGAGCUCAACGACGGCUGGUGAUACUGAAAUUCUCGACCCUGACUUCGAUCUGGACUUCGACUUCGGUGGCUUGUCUUUAAAAGAGCUCGCGGCGUCGCAAAUGGACGUAGAUGCGCCCCCUCCGAAUCGAAAAUCCCAGAAACCUUGUGAUUAUGAAAGUGACCAGGCCAAGUUCGAGGACUUACACCGUUCAAUCACUGCCUGUGACGAUAUACUCAACUCUGUCGAGACGAACCUUACGAGCUUCCGUAACGACUUGGCAUCCGUGGCUGCAGACAUCGAAUCAUUGCAAGACCGCUCAACUGCCCUGAACAAGAGACUUGAUAAUAGGAAAGAGGUUGAAAAAGCUCUCAACCCCCUCGUCGAAGAGCUCAGUGUAUCCCCCGAAGUGAUUACAAAGAUUACUACCGGAAUUAUUGACGAAACAUGGCCCAAGAUGCUCACAGAGCUUGACCGACGAGCUACAGCGCAUAAGAAGAAAUUCAAGGAAACCCAGCAAAGCAAGGCGACUUCUGACCUCGGCCCGCUGCUGGAGAAGCUGGUUCAAAAGGCUGUUGAACGUAUCCGAGACGUUAUUGUUGCCCAGAUCAAGGCCUUGCGCUCACCCAACAUCAAUGCCCAAAUUAUCCAACAACAAAAUUUCCUCAAAUUCAAGGAACUCUACACGUUUCUCUACAAGCACCACUCCAAACUUGCCGAAGAAAUCGCCCUAGCGUAUAUGAAUACCAUGCGUUGGUACUAUCAUACUCAGUUUACGCGAUAUGAAAAGGCUUUGGGGAAAAUCAAGCUCCAUAUUCUCGACAAAAACGACACUUUGAACCCUGAAGAAACGACUCGGAUGGCUAGCGUAUUGUCAGCUGGGCGGAUUACUGGACCACCGCACGAUGCCUUUAAUAUUGGACGUCGUGUCGAUAUCAUCAAAGCAGGCGAUCAACCCGCGCUCUCGUCAUUCUUGGCAGAGGAAGACAAAGCCACACACUACCUAGAAGUGCCAUUCCGCAGCUUCAAUCUCGCUCUAAUAGACAAUGCAGCAGUGGAGUACACGUUUCUCGCCACGUACUUUUCACCGUCGUUAUCGUUUUCUCAUAUUUCAAAGAAUUUCAACUAUAUUUUCGAGCCUACCUUUGAGCUUGGAAAAACGCUAUCCAAGACACUCAUUGGGGACACAUAUGACGCACUGGGCGUUCUUCUCUGCAUCCGAUUGAAUCAGCAUUUCGCUUUUGAGCUACAGCGUCGGCGCGUGCCAGCUGUGGACAGCUACAUCAACGCCACCAACAUGCUAUUGUGGCCGCGGCUGCAGGUCAUCAUAGAUCGGCACUGCGAAUGUGUCCGGCAACUGACUAACUCAACGCCGGCAAAAGCGAGCAAGUCGACGGCAGAGCAGGCAAAAAUCUCUGCGGCACCACACCAAGUAACACAGCGGUUUGGGCAGCUGCUGCACGGUUUCCUGUCUCUCAGUGUCGAGGCAGGGGACGACGAGCCCGUGGCGGCCAGCUUGCAGCGCCUCCGCACCGACGUCGAGGCGUUCUUGACGCGCUUCGGCAACUCCUUUGGAGCCGAUAAGCGCAAGACGGCGCGCUUCAUGUACAAUAAUUACUCCCUAAUUCUGACCAUCAUCAGUGAUACGACAGGGAAGCUCGCGGACGAGCACCAACGGCACUUUGAGGAACUUAAGACGGCAUACCAAGACGGUGAUUAA